GAGAUGGAAGCGACGGCGGUGAGCUUGGCGAGGACGGUGCUCGACGGCGUGCUUGGCGGCGCGGGGUCGGCCGUCGCAGACGAGGCGGCGCUCCUGCUGGGCGUGCGGCGUGAGGUGGACUUCAUCCGCGACGAGCUGGAGAUGAUGCGGUCCUUCCUCAUGGCGACCUCCGGCUGCGCCGGCGACACGGCAAGGACGUGGGUGAAGCAGGUGCGCGACCUCGCCUACGACGUCGAGGACUGCCUCCUCGACUUCAUGCUGCUGCAGGCGCUCUCCCGCCCGAUCUGGCGCAUGCCGGAGACGCUCGCCGCCCGGUACCGCGUCGCCGCGCGGAUCCGGGAGCUCAAGGCCAGCGUCGAGGAGCUGAACCAGCGCAACCAGCGGUACAACGUCGUUGCCGCCGCCGGCGGCGUGGACAGCGGGCCGGCUCCUCCUCCUCCCCAUGACGAACACCUGCGCUUCAGGUCCAGCGGCGCGUUCCAGGAGUCGCAGGACAUCGGCCGCGGCGACGAGAAGAGGGAGCUCAUCGAUCUGAUCGACUCCGGCGAUGCCGCGGGGAGGAGGGUGGUGUCCGUGUGGGCGAUGGGCGGGAUGGGGAAGUCGUCGGUGGCGAGGUCGGUGUACAACGACCCGGACCUCAUCGACCACUUCGACUGCCGCGCAUGGGUGACGGUGCCGCACCCGCUCGAGCUCGACGGCGUCGACGAGUUCAAGCGGCGGCUGGGGAAGCAGCUGGGCACGGCAAACGAGCAGAAGGACGGCGGCGGCGAGCAGAAGCGGCACCUGAUCGUGGUGGACGACCUGCGCUCGCUGGAGGAGUGGGGGCACAUUGAGCCGUGCCUCUUCGAGGGCGUCGCCGGCGGGCUGGUCAUCGUGACGACCCGGCAAAGAGACGUCGCCCGGCACUGCGCCGGCGGUGUCGAGAAGAACGCGUACGAGCUGAAGCCUCUCGCUCAUCCGCAUGGCAUGAAGCUGCUGUGUCAAAAGGUGUACAAGAAUGCUGAACAUACUCUACCACCACAUAUGCUAGAGGAAGCUAAUAAGAUCUUGGGGAGAUGCCACGGGCUUCCACUUGCUAUAGCCACUAUCGGAGGUCUUCUGGGUAACAGACCCAAAACAAGUGUAGAAUGGAUGAAUCUGCGCAUCCAUCUUGGGUCGGAGCUAGAGUUUAACCGGGACAUUAACAGUGUUAUCACCUCAAGCUAUGAUGGGCUACCGUAUCAUCUGAAGUCUUGCUUUCUGUACCUUAGUAUCUUUCCCGAGAACCAUGAGAUCAGAUGCACCCGUUUACUGCGGCGGUGGAUAGCCGAAGGUUACAUAACAAAGCGGCGUGAUAUGACCGUCGAGGAAGUUGGGCAGAUGCAUUUAAACGAGCUUAUGAACAGGAGCAUGAUCCGACCAAUGAAGAAGAAGAUUGGGGCCAGCAUGGCAGUUGAACGCUGUCAGGUUCAUGGCGUGGUACUUCAGAUAAUCUUGUCAAAGUCAAUCGAGGAAAACCAACUAUUUAUAAUUGACAAGCACUGCAACGAGGUUCCACAAAGUAAGAUACGGCACUUGGUAGUGACAAGAUGGAAUGGGUCGGAGGAGAAGAUGACAAACAUAAAUCUUUCUCGGGUUCGAUCAUUGACAGUGUUUGGAGAGUGUCCUGUGUCCCUAAUCUCCCCUAAACUGCGAUUGCUGAGAGUUCUUGAUUUGGAAGAUGCAGUUGAUCUAAAGAAUGAUGAUCUCAUGCACAUCGGGGAUCUAUACCAUUUAAGAUACUUAGGUCUGCGAGGAACAAAAAUAUCAAGACUUCCUUCUUCCCUGCAGAACCUUAAGUAUCUGGAGACAUUAGAUGUUCAGGACACUAAAGUGACACACCUCCCGGAUGGAACUGCCAAACUGGAGAAGCUACGGUAUCUUCUCGCAGGCAUCAACUUCGCAGAAGACUUGGCAGAGAAGAUGCAAGAAAAUAAUGCAGAAAACAAUGCGGCCAAAUCCAAUGCAAACCUAUUGGAAACCUUUGCAGACUUGUUAUGCAGGUGCUGUCAUGGUUCCAGCGAAUACCAUGAAUCUUCAUUUUCUUGCUUUGCAGGGCAGUUCAGUGUAAGGGCUCCCGAGGGAAUUGAGAAGCUAAGGAACUUGCACAUGCUGGGGGUUGUGCACAUUGAACAAGGCAGCGGAGUGGCACAGAAGCUGGGGAAGCUGACUAACUUGCGUAGAUUAGGAGUGGAUUUAGAUGCCAAUACGGAAGAAGUGAAGGAAUUGUGCAAGUCGAUCCAAACUCUUGUUCGACUGGAACGACUUGAAGUUCGCUCUAGUUCACUUCAAUUUCUGGAAGGGUUGAACACAACAGCCCCAAAGCAUCUCCUGUCGCUCCGGUUGUAUGGCCAUUUAGGCAGAUUACCUGUCUGGAUUAGUUCCCUGAAUGAUCUAGCCAAGAUAAAGCUACUUCAGACAAAAUUGCAGCAGGAAGACAUUGAUUUAAUUGGGAAUCUGCACAAUUUGGUUUCUCUUGGACUGUGGGGGAAAUCCUUCGCAGGGGAGUCACUGCAUUUUCACAGUGGUAUGUUCAAAACGCUCAAAUCGCUUCACAUUGAAGGGCUGGAAAAAAUCAAGACCCUGGAUAUUGAGAACGGUGCAAUGCCUGGUCUUGAGAAACUUCGAGUGAAGAAAUGUUCUACAUUAAGCGACAGCAAAGAUGGACUAUCCGGUGUGCCGUUUCUACUGAACCUAAGUGAACUUUCCCUGAUAAGUUCUGGUGAUAAACCACAGCUGGAGAAGAUACUGCAAAGGCAAAUUAGUGGAUUUGUGAAACGUCCUAAGCUUCUGAUUGGCAAGUCCAUGGCAGUGAGGAGUCCCAAUGGCAACACCAAUGUCAACGGAAACAACACAGUAUUUGGCCAUUCAAAUAGUUUCGAAUUUUCGUUUUCCAAUAGAUGAUAUUACUAUCGGAUUCUGCAAUCUUUCAGAAUUUUUCUGUAUGUCUUUUUAGGGAAUUUUUUUAUGUAUGCUGGGAAAAGCUGAGAAAAAUACACUAUUGUUCAAUUGUUGAGAUCAACUUGAUUUAAAUCAUU